AUGCCUAACUCACCGCCCUUGAGGCUGCUGCUACGGCUAUGGCUGUGGGGGCUGCUGCUCCGGAGGGCGGAGACAGGCUCUGAGGGUCGCACGGCGGGGGAGCUGUACCAGCGCUGGGAACGGUACCGCAGGGAGUGCCAGGAGACCUUAGAGGCCACAGAGCCACCCUCAGGCCUCGCCUGUAACGGGUCCUUCGAUAUGUAUGUCUGCUGGGACUAUGCUGCACCCAAUGCCACUGCCCGUGCGUCCUGCCCCUGGUACCUGCCCUGGCAUCACCACGUGGCUACAGGCUUUGUCCUCCGCCAUUGUGGCAGUGAUGGCCACUGGGGACCUUGGAGAGACCAUACCCAGUGUGAGGACCCAGAGAAGAAUGGGACCUUUCAGGACCAAAAGCUGAUCUUGGAGCGGCUACAGGUCAUGUAUACCAUCGGCUAUUCCCUGUCCCUUGCCACGCUGCUGUUAGCCCUGCUCAUCUUGAGUUUCUUCAGGCGGCUGCGCUGCACUCGAAACUACAUCCACAUCAACUUGUUCACGUCUUUCAUGCUGCGGGCAGCAGCCAUCCUCACCAGAGACCGUCUGCUACCUCCACCCCAACCCUCCUUGGGGGACCAGGCCCCUACCUUGUGGAAUCAGGCCCUAGCUGCCUGCCGCACAGCCCAGAUUGUGACCCAGUACUGUGUGGGCGCCAACUACACGUGGCUGCUGGUGGAGGGUGUCUACCUACACAGCCUCCUAGUGCUCGUGGGGAGCUCCGAGGAGGGCUACUUCCGUUGCUACCUGCUGCUUGGCUGGGGGGCCCCCGCGCUUUUCGUCAUUCCCUGGGUGAUCGUGAGGUACCUGUACGAGAACACACAGUGCUGGGAGCGAAAUGAAGUCAAGGCCAUUUGGUGGAUCAUACGCACUCCUAUUCUCAUGACCAUCUUGAUUAAUUUCCUCAUUUUUAUCCGCAUUCUGGGCAUCCUUUUGUCCAAGCUGAGGACACGGCAGAUGCGCUGCCCAGACUACAGGCUGAGGCUGGCUCGCUCAACGUUGACGCUGGUGCCCCUCCUGGGAGUCCACGAAGUGGUGUUCGCUCCCGUGACAGAGGAACAGGCCCGGGGUGCCCUGCGCUUUGCCAAGCUCGGCUUUGAAAUCUUCCUAAGUUCCUUCCAGGGCUUCCUGGUCAGCGUACUCUACUGCUUUAUCAACAAGGAGGUGCAGUCGGAGAUCCGCCGUGCCUGGUAUCACUGCCGCCUGCGCCACAGCUUUGGCGACGAGCAGCUCCAGCUUCCGGAGAGUAUCUCCCGGGUCCUGCCCUCGGGCUCUGGCCCAGGCAAGGUCCCUACCGGCCGCGCCUCGUCCUUAGGGACCCUCCCUGGGGAUGGGGAUGAGGCCAGCCGGGUGUUAGAAAGUUACUGCUAG